AUGGCGUCAAACGGCUCGCAAGAGACCUUUUCGCCGUCCGAUGUUUUGGCGGCGGUCAGAACGAUGCGGACUGGGGAGAAGGAAACCAAGACGAAAGCCCAUGAAUAUCUGGAGAGGUUCCAGAAGUCGAAGGACUCAUGGGGUACGAUAAUGGGAAUACUUCAAUCCACUGCAGAACCCGAGGCGACCUUGUUUGCCGCUAUCACUCUCCGCGGAAAGAUCACAUACGAUCUCACUACCCAAGUAUUGCCGAGCGAGCUCCCAGCCCUGAGAAGCCAAAUUCUUCUGUUGCUGAAGCACUUCGCCCCCGGUCCGAAGCCCAUUCGUGUCCAGCUCUGCGUUUGUCUGGCCAUCCUCGCGAUACAAAUGAAGGAUUGGAUUGAUGUGCUCCCCUCCGUGGUCCAGUCCCUUGGUGACAGCCCAGAGAGCCAUGCUUGUAUCCUAGACUUCUUGCGAGUGUUACCUGAGGAAGUGACCGAAGGUCGAAAAAUUACCCUGUCUGAAGAAGAACUUGCAGCACGGACACAGGUCUUAUUGGGAGACAACACAGAUCAGGUGGUACAACUCCUUAUAAGCUAUUCUCAAUCGUCAGAUGCCGCAUCCCGCAACCCUCAGCUGAUGGAAUGCAUCACUUCCUGGUUGAGAGAAGUUCCCAUUAUGAGUAUUAUCAACUCACCCCUUUUGGAGCAUAUUUUUACUGGUGUAUCGAGUGAUGAGUGCGGUGCGGAGGCCGCCGAGUGCCUUUGCACUAUGCUUCGAGAAACCCGGGAUAUUGAUGAAAGUCAGGAUGCUGUCCAUGCACUAUAUCCCCGCGUGGUCGCACUCAAGUCGCAGAUCGCAAAGGCUGCCGAGGAAGAGGACACGGACAAAUUGAAGGCAUUGACAAAAGUAUUCUCAACAGCUGCCAUUAGCUGGGUGGUCGCCAUUGCCCGGGAGCCUUCUCACUUCAGACCACUCGUUGAAGCUGUGCUCGAAUGCGCUGCUCGAGAUACGGACCGAGACGUUAUCGAGCAUACUUUUGAUUUCUGGUACGAACUCAAGCAAUAUUUGGUACUAGAGCGAUACAUUCAGGGCAGACUGGAACUCGUGGAUAUCUACUCCAAGCUAGUGGACAUAUUGCUGAAGCACUUGGAGUAUCCCCGACCCGAGUCUGGAAACGAAAGCGAUCUCUUUGACGGAGACCGUGAGCAGGAAGAGAAGUUUCGCGAGUUCCGUCACCGAAUGGGGGACACUCUCAAGGACUCUUGCGAUGUCAUGGGAGUGACUGAGUGCCUUACCAAGGUUCUCCAGGCCAUCCAAUUGUGGACUCAGAAGUAUGCUGGACAGGUCAACGGACCCAAUGUUCCGCAUUGGCAAGAGCUUGAAGCGCCUCUUUUUGCAAUGAGGGCUCUGGGGCGCAUGGUUCAUAAGGAUGAAAGCAUUGUGCUGCCGCAGCUCAUGCCGCUGUUGGUUCAAAUUCCCAGCCACGAAAAGCUUCGCUUCGCAACCAUCAUGGUUUUGGGACGAUACACUGAAUGGACUGCGGCGCAUCCCGAAUACCUGGAACCGCAGUUUAAUUACAUUGUCGAGUCUUUCCAGACUGAUUCCAAAGAAAUUUUGAGGGCCGCCGCCCUGUCUCUGAAAUUUUUCUGCACAGACUGCAGAGACCUCCUUAGCGGACAAGUGUUGCAACUCCAGACAUUCUACGACCAGAUUUUGGACAAGCUGCCGGAUCUGAGCAAGGAGGAGAUAACUGAAGGUGUAGCCAAUGUGGUUGCUGUUCAGCCAGUUGCUGAAACAUACAGGCUGUUGAAGACGUGCUGCGAUCCUCUCGUGCAAAGACUAAUGGCCAAAGCCAACAAUGCCACCAAUGAAGAAGGCAAACUGGCCCUGGCCGAUCACCUUCAACUUAUUACCAUAUUUGUGCAGAAUGUCAUUCCGUACGUGACUCCCGGAGAGGAGAACCCGGCAGUUAAGUAUUGGCAAGAGGUAUUCCCCAUUCUGUCUACUGUGUUGGACAACUUCCUGGAUUUCAGUCCCAUCUGCGAGCGAAUCUGCCGGUGCUGGCGAAAUAUGGUUACGUCGUACCGGACUGCCAUGGCGCCGCUACUCCCGGAAAUGGCCAACAAGCUCGCAAGUAGCUUCAACACAUCUCGCGAAGGGUGCUUCCUGUGGGUCACGUCUGCUAUCCUGAGGGAGUUUUCCGAGGACCGAGAGCACUUGGAUCAGGCUACUACCGAGAACAUUUACACCUUCUUCGAGGCCCAAACCACAGCUUUCCUUAGAGUGAUGGCAGAUUUACAGCCCAAGGAUCUUCCCGACGUCAUUGACGACUUCUUCCGGCUCUUAAUUGACGCUCUUUUGUACUAUCCUCAAAAGCUGAUUCCGUCGUCGCUGCUGGCGCCCAUCUUCCAAGCCUCGGUCUAUGCGCUUACUUUGGAGCAGCGAGACCCGCUCUCGUCGACUUUGCACUUCUUGCGUGACUUGCUGUCGUAUGGUGGCGACAAUCCAGCGAGCAGUGAGGGUCUUCCGGAGGCGCAGGCCGCUGAGAUUCGCGGAAUAAUCAAAAAUCUGCUGAUGGGCCACGGUGCUGAUCUGGUCAAGCAAACCAUGGCGGGCAUGAUGAUUACCUUCCCUGGCGACUGUUUUGCAGAUGGAAGCGGAGUUAUCCUGGCGUUGUUUGAGAUUAUGCCUGCGCAGACAACGGAGUGGGUUGCGCACACGAUUGAGCUUCUACCUCAGGGAAGCAUAUCCGCACCCGAAGCUCAGCGGUUCGUUACCAAGGUUAAGGAGAAGCUGUCAUCCGGCGACGUGAGCGGUCUUCGGCAUGUUCGCACCUUGCUACAGGACUUUACGACGAAUUAUCGCCGCAGGAAUGUCGCACCUAGAGAUGGCCUUGGCCAGCUGGAGGCUGCGAGGUUUCAGUUCUCGGGCUGA